CGGGACCCGGCCACGUCGGGCAGUACUUAUGCACGUCAGCUCAUGCACGGAAGCACCUCGCUGAAGGAUGCAUGCGCAGGGAUCAGCUCGACAAGCACCGAGCGACCUCGGUCGAAAAGUCAGCACGCACCCGCAGAGGAUCGAACGGAGGAUGAACGUAGCCGGAGCCGGAAGGCUGGGACCGCUGGGUGCGCGCUGCGCGGAAGACGAGCAUGGGAUGCAAGAGGAAGAGGGCAGUACCGAGCAGAGGAGAAACGCGGACGACGGACGUCUUGAAGACUCAUCCACACGCACCGCGAUCGAGUCCUGCUGGCAGGCGGACGACGAGGCUGCUCUCACUUGGUUAUCGACUCUUCGACGUGUGGCGGGGACCGACAGUACGGUCAGCACUGAGCGGUCUUUGCCCGUGAGUGCACCGAGGCUGACGAACUAUAACGCCUGCGCUAUGAGCUGUAGCCUGUCGCACGCAGCAAGGCCCGCCGCAUGCUGGGACACGCCUAAUGGUCUGCAGGUUCUUCGUCAAAUUGUACGGCGCAAUGCUGCCCAAACGGCGUCCGCCUCCUUGAUAAACGUUAACAUCGAGGUGCAGGACGACGUGAUGUCCACGUCUAGUUUGAUCGUUUGCACCGAACUGGCACCCCAAGCUCGCUCGAUCGAGCGACCUACGCGGCGACCCGGGCCUCCCGCGUUGCAUUCAUGGGAACACAUGUGUUCUUGUGGGCAUGUCAUGCUGGUACGUGUAUGGGGUGUCGCAGAAGGUCUCCCUGCUCCGAGUGAACGAGCCGGUCUCCUGAGGCGAGCGAUCGAACCGUGCGAGGCUCCCCUUCGUCCUGACAAGGCGUCCCCGAGACGAGCCCAACACAGACUUUGUGUAUGGGAGCUGCCCAAUGAGCGAGGAUCAGGACAGUCCGCCUUGUUGCUUACUCGAGUAGCGAACCGGUCGUAACCCAUGACCGUGUACAUACAUGCGUCAUCGACUGACUACAAGCGACAGUACUACAGGUACUACUACGUAGUCGAGUCUUCCUGUAACUAGGCCUGUUCCUUGA